AUAGUAUCACUAAAACAAGAAGAGAAAAAUGACAGACGAAGAUAGAUUGUUACCAAUAGCCAAUGUAGGGAGACUUAUGAAGCAAAUCCUACCAUCAAAUGCAAAGAUCUCAAAAGAAGCAAAACAAACAGUUCAAGAGUGUGCAACAGAGUUCAUAAGCUUUGUUACAUGUGAAGCCUCGGACAAGUGCCACAGGGAGAAUCGAAAGACGGUGAAUGGAGACGACAUCUGGUGGGCUCUCAGCACUCUCGGCCUCGAUAACUAUGCUGACGCCGUGGGUAGGCAUCUUCACAAGUACCGUGAAGCUGAGCGAGAAAGAACUGAGCACAACAAAGGUAGCAAUGAUAGUGGGAAUGAGAAAGAAGCCAACACUAGAAGUGAUGUACAGAACCAAUCGACAAAAUUUAUUAGAUUUGUUGAGAAAGGAAGCAGCUCCUCAGCCCGUUGAACUAGAUAUCUGUGUUCUGAAUCAUUUAAUAUGAAAACAAGAAAGAUCUGUAGAGAGACUAAAAGGAUUCAAUAAUGUUAAUGUUUUGAAUCGUUAAUACAAUGUACAUGUUUGU